AUGGAUAAUGUGAUAGGCAGUGCACACAAUGAUCAAACGAAUGCACAAGAUACUGCUAUUAUGCUCGAUGAAGGUGAACUAUAUUCAAAAGAUGAAUUAAUUCCAACACAAUCAUCAAUAUUCGUUCGCAUUAAAUGGAAUCAUCAAAAUUUAACUGAUUUACCGAAUGCUAAUGACAGUCAAGGUAUUUGCUGUGUCAAUGAUUAUAAAAUGAAACUAGCUUACUGUUCAGAUACGAAGCAUUUAUCACCGUCACUACUUUGGUGUUUUGGUGCCAAUCAUUAA